GGCCGGCGCAGGCGCAGUGUGAGGGCCGGCGUUGCCCUCUAGUGACGGGGUAGGGGAUGCCGGGCGAGGAGGAGGAGGAGGCCGAAGCGGGGGUCGCGGGCGGCGCCUCCUCCCCGCCGGCGGAGGAGUGGGGCACUCGGCAGCGCUAUGAGGAGCUCUGCAGCAGCCUCAACAUGGACGAGCGCGCCCGGGCCGAGGCCUGGCUCAGCUACCAGGGCAUGAAGCGUAACUACACCCUGGAGGGGAAUGAUCUACACUGGCUAGCAUGUGCCUUAUAUGUGGCUUGCAGAAAAGCAGUCCCAACUGUGAGCAGAGGGACAGUCGAGGGAAACUAUGUAUCCUUAACAAGAAUAUUGCGCUGUUCAGAACAGAGCUUGAUUGAGUUUUUUAACAAGAUGAAGAAAUGGGAAGACAUGGCAAAUCUACCCUUGCAAUUCAGAGAACGUACCGAGAGACUGGAGAGAAACUUCACUGUUUCUGCUGUAAUUUUUAAGAAGUAUGAACCCAUUUUCCAGGACAUUUUCACGUAUCCUCAAGAUGAUCGACCUCGUCAACAAAGAGGAAGAAAACAGAGACGACAGCCUUGCACAGUCUCUGAAGUUUUCCGGUUUUGUUGGGUGCUGUUUGUUCAUGCAAAAGGAAAUUUUCCCAUGAUCAGUGAUGACUUAGUCAAUUCCUACCAUCUCUUGCUAUGUGCUUUGGAUCUAGUAUAUGGAAAUGCUCUACAGUGUCCUAAUCGUAGGGAACUUCUGAAUCCUACCUUUAAAGGCCUUCCUGAAGACUUUCACAGUAAGGAUUAUAAACCAUCUUCUGACCCUCCCUGCAUCAUUGAAAAACUCUGUUCCUUACAUGAUGGUUUGGUUUUGGAUGCCAAAGGCAUAAAGGAACAUUUUUGGAAGCCAUAUAUUAGGAAACUUUUUGACAAGAAGAUUUUAAAAGGCAAGGAAGAAAAUCUGACUGGAUUUUUAGAUCCUGGGAGCUUUGGAGACAGCUUCAAAGCCAUCAACAAAGCCUAUGAAGAGUAUGUUUUGUCAGUUGGAAAUCUGGACGAGCGGAUAUUUCUGGGGGAGGAUGCAGAUGAGGAAAUUGGAACUCUGAGAAGAUGCCUAAACACAGCUUCAGGAAUGGAAACAGCUGAAAGAGUGCAAGUGAAGUAUAAUCUGCAGCAGCACUUUGACAGAUCUAAAUCACUUAGAAUUACGACACCUCUUACUGGCCGCAAGUAUAUUAAAGAGAGCAACCCCAAUGUGACCCCUGUUUCCAUAGCAACAUACAACUUGAGCCGUCUUCAUACAAUGCUGACAGGACUAAAAAAUGCCCCCAGUGAAAAUCUGGAGCAAAUACUGAGGGCAUGUUCCAGGGAUCCUUCUCCAUCUAUUGCAAAAAGAGUGAAAGAAAUGUAUGAAGUAUAUUGUCAGUGCACACAGUCUGAGGGAGAAUUCAGUAAUUUCUCCAAGGAUAAUGCUAGCAAGCAUUUUCGUCUUGCUGAGGUUCUUUACUACAAGGUAUUAGAGUCUGUCAUUGAGCAGGAGAGGAAAAGAUUAGGAGACACCGAUUUAUCAGCAAUACUGGAACAGGAUGUGUUUCAUAGGUCUCUCCUGGCAUGUUGCCUUGAGAUAAUUACUUUUUCAUACAAGCCUCCUGGAACUUUCCCAUUUAUUACUGAAAUCUUUGAUGUACCUGUUUAUCACUUUUAUAAGGUAAUAGAGAUUUUUAUUAGGGCAGAAGAUGGCCUUUGUAGAGAGGUGGUAAAACACCUUAAUCAUAUUGAAGAACAAAUCUUGGAGAGUAUGGCAUGGAAACGUGAAUCUCCAUUGUGGGACAGAAUCCGAGAUAAUGAGAACAAAGUUCCUACCUGUGGGGAGGUAAUGCCACCUCACUAUUUUGAAAGAUCUAAUGGGAACAGUCUGGUAGGCUCUCCUUUGACUCCAAGAAGGAUCAGUGAAGUUCGUGCUGAAACUGGAGGGCUUGGAAAAGGCCUUUCGUCUUCUCCAACCACAUUGUAUGACAGAUACAGUUCUCCUACAACCAACCCUACUAGGAGAAGGCUAUUUGUGGAUAAUGAUAAUCCCCCUGACAGUGGAACUCCUGUAAGAGUUUCACAGCAGCCUGUAGUAAAUACUGUGCCAGUGCAGAAUGUGACACCUGAAACGAUGUCAGUUACUCCAGUGCCUGGACAGACUUUGGUUACUGUGGCAACUGCCACUGUCACAGCCAACAACGGACAAACUGUUACAAUACCGGUACAAGGCAUUGCCAAUGAAAAUGGAGGCAUAACUUUCUUCCCAGUUCAGGUAAAUGUAGGUGGCCAGGCUCAAGCUGUCUCUGGCUCCAUCCAGCCACUCAGUGCCCAGACCCUUGCUGGUGGUACCCUUAACACUCAGGUGAGUGGGACGACCCUUCAGUUACCAGGCCAAGUUGCGGUUCAACAGAUCUCUCCUUCUGGAGACCAACAAAGACAAAACCAGCAGUUCUCUACCACCACCAGCAGCAAACCCCGAAAGACUGGCUCUCUGUGUCUUUUCUUUAGAAAGGUUUAUCACUUAGCAAGUGUUCGGCUGCGGGAUCUCUGUGUCAAACUGGAUAUUUCUGAUGACUUGAGGAAGAAAAUCUGGACAUGUUUUGAGUUUUCCUUGGUACAGUGCCCCGAGCUCAUGAUGGACAGACAUUUAGACCAGCUGUUAAUGUGUGCCAUUUAUGUAAUGGCUAAGGUGACAAAGGAAGAUAAGUCAUUUCAGAACAUCAUGCGCUGCUAUAGGACCCAACCACAAGCAAGGAGUCACGUAUAUCGGACUGUCCGGAUAAAGGGCAGAAGACAACGCCGUCGUUCUGGCAGUAGCGAUAGCAGUAUCCAACAGAAUUCCCCAACAGAGAGAAGUAAAGACAGAACUAGCAGAGACUCUAGUCCUGUCAUAAGAUCUAGCAGCACGCUGCCAGUACCGCAGCCGAACAGUGCACCCCCUACUCCCACACGACUGACCAGUGCAAACAGUGAUAUUGAGGAGGAGGAGCGAGGGGACCUUAUUCGGUUCUAUAACAACAUCUAUAUUGAACAAAUGAAAGAAUUUGCCCUGAAGUACUCUUCCACAAAUGCUACUGAUGCUCCUCCACUAUCUCCUUAUCCAUUUGUAAGAAUUGGCUCCCCCCGCAGAAUACAGCUGUCCCAGAAUCACUCAAUCUACAUCUCACCACACAAAAAUGAGUCUACACUUUCUCCGCGAGAGAAAAUAUUCUACUACUUCAGCAGUAGCCCCUCUAAGAGGCUGAGCGAGAUUAACAGCAUGAUUAGAACUGGAGAGACCCCCACGAAGAAAAGAGGCAUUCUCUUGGAAGAUGGUACUGAAUCACCAGCCAAACGGAUCUGUCAGGAGAAUCACACUGCUCUACUAAGAAGAUUACAAGAUGUAGCAAAUGAUAGAGGUUCUCACUGAGUUUAAUCACUUGUUUGUGUUCCAGAGCAGAUAUUCCCUUUCUUCAUCUGUCCAGAGUGUGAAUGCUAAGCAUUUUCUGUGGAUUCAUGAAGCCUUUGUGAGCAUCUUCCAUUUCAAAACUGCCAUCUUCCUAGCUAACCUGUGGCUGAGAAUGGUAGUAUUUGACCUUCAAACAGAAAUCUCCCUUUAGACUGCAUUGAGUCUUUGAAUUGUCCCAUAAAGGGGAGUGGAGACUGAUGCUUUGUCCCAUUGUGGUCAAGCACAUUGCUAAGUGAUACUUCCACCUCUGAGGCUAACCCUGGGCAUUCAGAUUUCACAUUUGGCUUAUAUGAUGUGCUCUACUAUAAGGACAUUAGAAAGCAACUUAUAUAUAAAAACUUGCACAACUAUUUUGAUAUUUAUUGCUGAGACAAUGUACCCAAUAGUUUCCUAGCGUGUGAUAGGAAUUGUGUGUACAGGGUUUAGCUGGCAGCUGCAUACACUGUUUUUCUUGGUGCUUUACCAUUCUUUUUGCCUAGCAAUGUACUGGUCAGAUCCAGGAGUAUUGCACCAAGGUAUUCAAAUUACGCAUGGGUGAGUUUUUGUUUCGGUGGUAGGGAUGACCCAUGAUCUCUAGUGCUACAACUAGAAAUGCUGACAGCCAAGGAGGUAGGGAAAUAAUACCUUAUGAAAUUACCUAAACUGAGUCUCGUCAGGCUCAAACAAUUAGCAAAGUGCCCAACCAUUAAAACAAAACAACCUGUGUAGGCAAUUCUGUUAAUGCAUUUUUUUUAGCUGUGCAAUGUUUUAAAGAGUUCAAGGGGUGGCACUUUUGAUAGGGCUGUGAAGCAUAAAUUGCAAGUUAGUUUUGCUGUAUAUUUGCAAUGGCACUUUCUGAAUGUAAAUAUUUUUCAAAUGGCUGAGGCUAAAGAUGUUAUUAAAAUGAUUACUUUCUAUUUAUUUUCAAAUAUGAUAACCCUCGGAGUAAAUGAUGUUAAGCUAAAACUAAUUUUAUGCAUAUGCAAGUACUGAUAUGGGAAGUUUGCUUUUUUCCAACUCAAUAUCCAGAAUCUUUUUUUGUGCUUUUUCAGAGGUAGCCAUCUUGUUGCCUCUGAGAGAGGAUGGCAGUUGUAUCUUCCUUUUAUUUUUAAAUGGAACCUUCAUUGAACUAGACUUAAUCAGGAUGCCCAGGAGACAUUUCUUCUCCUCACAAACAGAAAAACUGGUGGAUACAAUGAAGCACUGCUGUGCCCUCCCCCACCCCCCCAAAACCCAAACCCUGUACAGCAGUGUCACUGGGAAAAGUGAGACAAAUUUCAUUGACACCCUUACUUGAGGCAUAAGUGAUUAUAGACAGGUGGAGGGGAGGGAUCAAAUGUUUCACAUGGAGAUUUCUACAACUAGUUAUUACAGUUGAAUGAGAGUAUUGGUGACCACUAAUACAGCAUUUAUCACUUUCAAGAUUUGUUAAACAGCUACUUAAAUUCCAUGUUUUCAAUCAUUCCUGUGCAGACAAUAAGUAU